GUAAACCCAGGCGCAAGAAAGAAGCGCAUCCUCAUCGUACCUGCCCUGUGGGAAUCAGAAAGCAUCUCUGUGAGGCUGUCAGCGCCAACACCGGCUGAGCUCUGCAGUUGUGUGAUUGUGCAUUGAAGAUGAGUAACAUCUACGAGUCUGCAGAGGCCACACUAGGCUUCAUCAGCUCUCCAUGUCUGGCCAAAGUGGAGCUGAGAGUGGCCUGCCGGGGGAUCUCAGACCGAGACGCCCUCUCCAAACCCGACCCCUGUGUGGUGCUGAAAAUGCAGUCGCAUGGGCAGUGGUUUGAGGUUGACCGAACAGAGGUGAUUCGUAGCAGCAGCGGCCCCGUCUUCUCUAAGAUCUUCCUGGUGGAUUAUUACUUUGAGGAGGUGCAGAGGCUUCGCUUUGAACUGCACGACAUCAGCUCUGGAAACAACGGCCUCCGAGAUGCUGACUUCCUGGGAUCUAUGGAGUGCACCUUAGGACAGAUCGUCUCUCAGAGAAAACUGACCAAAGCUCUUCUCAAGCAGGGAAACACUUCAGGGAAGUCUUCCAUAACGGUGACAGCAGAGGAGUUGUCGGGUAACGACGAUUACGUUGAACUCUCCUUCAGUGCCCGUAAGCUCGAUGACAAGGAUUUCUUCAGCAAGUCUGAUCCUUUUCUGGAGAUUUUCAGAAUAAAUGAUGAUGGGACUGAGUCGCUUGUACACAGAACUGAGACUGUCAUGAACAACCUGAGCCCAGUUUGGAAAUCCUUUAAAGUUUCUUUGAAUACGCUCUGCAGUGGGGACCAGGACAGGGAGCUAAAGUGCACAGUUUGGGACUGGGACUCAAAUGGGAAACAUGACUUUAUUGGGGAGUUUCAGACCACUUUUAAGGAGGUGAGAGCGGAGCAGGAGGGCAAACAGUGGGAAUGCAUCAACCCCAAAUACCAGAUGAAGAAGAAGAAUUACAGAAACUCUGGUGUCGUCAUUCUCAACCAUUGUAAGAUAAUCAAAAUGUAUUCCUUCCUGGAUUACAUUAUGGGAGGCUGCCAAAUCCAGUUUACUGUGGCAAUAGACUUCACAGCGUCCAAUGGGGACCCCAGAAACAGCUGCUCCCUCCACUACAUCUCAGGGAUCCAAGGCGUGGUGGAGGCCUACCAGAACUGCCUCCCCAAGAUUCAGCUGUACGGGCCCACCAACAUCGCCCCCAUCAUCCAGAAAGUGGCCUCGUCUGCCUCCGAGGAGAUGCACACCAAAGAGGCCAUGGAAUACUUCAUCCUCCUGAUCCUGACAGACGGUGUCAUCACCGACAUGGCGGACACGCGGGAGGCCAUUGUGCAUGCCUCCCACCUGCCCAUGUCCGUUAUCAUCGUGGGCGUGGGCAACGCAGACUUCACAGACAUGCAGAUACUGGACGGGGACGACGGGAUCCUGCGUUCACCCAAGGGCGAGCCUGUCCUCCGUGACAUCGUCCAGUUCGUCCCUUUCAAGGAUUUCAAGCAUGCAUCGCCAGCUGCACUGGCUAAGAGUGUUCUGGCAGAAGUCCCCAACCAGGUGGUGGAUUACUACAACGCUAAAGGCAUCACACCCAAGUGUAUGUCAGACUACGAGUCCACAAGGACCUUCAGCCCCUGACAAUGGAAAAUCAUACAAACACACUUAUAUAUAUAUAUCAUAUAUAUAUUCUUAAUGUACUGUAUAAUACAUAUACACAUGCAAAAGCACAAGCACAGACACAUACAAGUACACAUACAUACAGUAGUCUAGCUCAGAUUUUUAGCUCGUUCUGGUGAAACAAUUUGAACUACUACAUUGAUGACUAUUGCAUGUUCAGCCACAAAGGCAUCACCUGGGAAAUUAUUACUAUCUUCUGUAUAUCUGACAAAUGUUUAUAGAAAUAAAAGCAGUCUUCUGAACCAGCAUGCGGACUGAGACCACUAUAGCCCACCCAAAGAAAUGACACUCCUACCUUAUUUAGAUAACUAGCAAGUAAAGAUCUGUGGGUAAGAAAAGCCAAAAAUAUGUGAUCGCACAGCCGUAAAGAUCUUAGAAUUAGCAUUGCAAAUGUUAUUUAUGGGAAUGGUAUCGCCUCUGUUAGUAUACUGCAUAAAUGCAUGAAUAAUUCAGCUCCUGCUAAUAUCCAAUCUCCGGUAGCUGCUUGCUAGUUAUGGAAUAAAGUAUCUCUGUCAUUUGAGUGACAUUCAGGGUUGUUUUGGGGGUUGUUUUGGGGUUUUUUUCUACAGAUUUAUUUGAGAUUUUGCUAAAUGGAAAUGAACAACAGAAAAAUUGUAAUAAUUUCUUAAUAACCUUCUUACAUUGUAAAGAGUUUUGGGAGGAUAGAAAAUGUGUGUGUGGUAGACACUCAUCUGUGGGCUGAAAACUGUUUUUUCUGUAUUCUGCAUGUUGAUUAUAAUAAAGACGAUUUGGUUAUAUCAC